UCCAGAGAUUCACCGGGGUGUUUGUUCCUGGUACAGGAGAGGAAGUCCAAUAAUUGGCGCUGCCGUCUCUCCUCCUGAAGCAGAGCAUGGAUGAGUCUCUCCAGAAGCGUUUCCUCCGGUUGCUUCGCCUUUAGGACGACAGAUUCCUGCUCAUCCACCUUUUGUCCAGGCGGCCUGUUCGCUGUGUCCGAUGCAAAACUCCAUUAAGUGUGUGGUGGUGGGGGAUGGGGCUGUGGGUAAAACAUGUCUGCUCAUCAGCUACACCACCAAUGCCUUCCCAGGGGAAUACAUCCCCACAGUAUUUGAUAAUUAUUCUGCCAGUAUGCUACUGGACGGGAAACCAGUGUCCCUGGGUCUGUGGGACACAGCAGGACAGGAGGACUACGACAGACUCAGACCUCUGUCCUACCCUCAGACGGAUGUGUUCCUGGUCUGCUUUUCAGUGGUCAGUCCAGCUUCUUAUGAAAACGUCCGUACCAAGUGGAGUGUGGAGCUGAAGCACCACUGCCCCAACACCCCCAUGAUCCUGGUGGGCACCAAGUCCGACCUGAGGGACGACAAGGACAUGCUUGAAAAGCUGAAGGAGAAGGACCUCUGUCCCGUCACCUACCCCCAGGCUUUGGCCUUAACCAAGGAAAUAGGUGCGGUGAAGUACCUGGAGUGCUCGGCUCUGACGCAGCGCGGCCUCAAGACCGUGUUUGAUGAAGCCGUCAGGGUGGUGAUGUGUUCUGUGACCGCUCCCAACCAGAAGGUCAAGAAGAAGUGCACCGAUGUGCUCCUGCUUUGCUUUUCCCUCACCAGUCCAUCGUCUUUUGAAAACGUGCGGAGCAAGUGGACCGACGAGGUCAGACAUCACUGCCCCGCGGUGCCGGUCGUCCUGGUGGGCACCAUGUUGGACCUCAGAGACGACAAAGACAGGAUAGAAAAGCUGAAAAAGGAGCAUCUCUCUCCCAUCACCUAUGAUCAGGGCCUGGCCAUGGCUGAAGAAAUAGGUGCGGCAACAUACCUGGAGUGUUCGGCUCUGACUGAGCUCGGCCUUCAGGCGGUGAUCGAGGAAGCCGCCAGGGUGGGCCUGAACGCCAAGCCCGUUAACAAACCGAAGCAAAGCUGCAGCCUGUCAUAAUGCCGACGACGCCUUUUACGUUUUUGUGAUUUUAAAAACAGGGACGUUGUCGCUGAGGCCAGCAGGGCGGAUUAAUGAGAGACGGCGUUCUGGAAUUCCUGAAGUGAAGGAGAGAGAAAUUUAAACCACCCGUGAUUUAUGUUUCCCACAGAUUCUUUCACUCUUUGGUAUUCUAGUCACUUUUUAUGAAAUGAAAGUAUCACAGUGUGAAUGUGUGGCAAAGCAAUACUAGGCAGACACAGCAUUAGGGCCACGUUGAUCAAAAAAAUCUAUAUCAAAUAAAAAUAAAAUCAAGUCGUAGCAUUACAAGAAAAAGUCUGAAUUUUAUGACUUUUUCUUGUAAUUGCAUCAAAAGAAUAAAAUCAAAGUAUUACCAUAAAUUUGUAAUAUUAUGAGAUUACAGUCAUAAUUUUAUUUUUUAAAAAGUCAUAGUAUUAUAAUUGUAAAAUCAUAAAAUGAGAAUAAAUCUAGAAUAUUACAGGAAUCAAGUCGCAAUAUUACGACUUUUUUCUCAGAAUUUAUUCUGAUAAUACUAUAACUUUCUCGUAAUAUUAUGACUUCAUUCUUAUAUGAUUUAUUCUCAUAAUAUUAUGACUUUUGUUCUUUGUAAUUUUUUUUUUUGUUUUACUCUGUCGAAAGUUACAACCAGGUUUCUGGGAAAUUUCCCAAACAAACGGUUUCUGUUGAUGUGGACGUGUAGACAUGUUAUUCAUUCCAGUUCCACUCAGUUCAAUGGGAGAAUUAAGGCUCCCUGCCCAGGGCAACCCAACCUGUGGGGCGAAACCAGAACUCAGUGGGGGAAACGAGUCGUCUGCCAGUUGAGCCCCAAACUAGUUUUCUAUUGCUUGUUUAUAUGAAGCCUGAGAAGAGGAAGCAGAAAAAAGGCUCAUCUACAGCGUUCAACACAGAAAAAGAAAAUGGAUUUAUUUUUAAUGCUUUUUUACACAUCUUGAUCUGGAGUGAUGUCUAUACACAUGUCUGGCAUUGUUUAUUAUUUUUGUUUUAUUUUUAUUUUUUUACAAGAUUAUUUGUUUCCUUUUUGGAUUUCAGUUUGUGAAAUGACAAAAAUGAAUGUUUUUUUUUUAUUUUUUUUUUAUGAAAUUUAAUUAAAAG